AUGGGCGCCAAAACGAGCGUGCCCGUCGGCGGGUCGACCUCACGCGACUGCACGGCAAAGCUCUCCUCGCACUACGACGCUCUCGCGGAGACCGGUGUGCAGAUUCCUGAGCGCGGCUCUUCGAUGCUGCGAAGCGUCCAGCACGACCGGUGGCGCAACUGCACGCGCAAGGGAAAGCCCCACCCUUGCAUGGAGGUUGAGCCGGGCACAAAUCUUGUUGAGUUCGUGGAGGAGAUGGCAAUCGCUGCCGCGGAGUGCGAGCCGGGUAGCUGCAGCCGUGUCUGUGAGAUUGGAUUCAACGCUGGCGUCAGCUCCCUGGCGUGGUUGUGUGCAGCGCCGCAUGCUCAGGUGCACGCCUUCGACAUCGGCGAGCACCCCUACAGCCAGCCGGCUGCAACGUUGAUUGAAUCGGCGUGGCCAGGGCGCCACACGGUGACGUGGGGUCGAUCGACCGCUACGCUUCCCAGCCUCGCAGACCGGGUGCAAGGCGCGUACUGCGACUUUGCCUUUAUCGACGGCUCUCGCGCUGAGGUGGAUGUCACCGCCGACAUCCUGAACUUGGCCCGGCUCGCCUCGCCCAACAGUAUCGUAAUCUUAGAGAACUGCAACAGCUGGGGCGCCGAGCACGGUUGGGGCGGUUUCGUGGGAGUCAACCAGGCGUACCUCAAGGCCUUGAAUGUUGGUGUACUCACUCACGUGAAGCAAGUGUCGCUCGGCCCGUGCGGGCAGCCGGCGGGCUGGGGCAACCCGCGGAACGACAUGAAGCUAUGCCGCGAGAUGUGUGUAGCUCGCUUCAUGCAACUCAGCGAAUCUCCCCGCACAAUGGAGGACCUCCAUCCCAAGCGUUGA